CCCCUACGCGCCUGCCGGCCCAGGUCUCGCCCCGGCUUGGCCUCAGGCCCUUGUGCGCGGACUGAGGGAGCUUCUGUACCCCCUCUAAUGCACCGCACGUCCUUCUGCUGGUAACCGGGAAUCCAGCCCGCGCGGAUCCAGCUUCCAGGGCCGUGCCGGCCGUUCUGCCCUGUGUCCUCACAGACCAGCCCCUCGAGGCUUCUUUGUUUGCGCUUUGUACUUAGAAGUCAGAAGUGCGAGAUCCUCCUGCAGGCCUUUGCCCUGCAUGCAUUCAUUCCCACUGGCUGUUCAUCGUACAUCUGUUCUGUACCCGAGAUACGCACCUGGGGACCUCUGUUCUGUCUGUAGCGAUGGCUUCAGGAACAGCCCUGAUUUACGAUGAGGCGAUGACCAGGCAUAAGCUGCUUUGGAACGAUCCUAUUUGUGAUAUUGAAGUGCCAGAAAGACUGUCGGCCUCCUAUGAGCAGCUUCAAUGUUACCAUCUUGUGGAAAGAUGCAUCCCUGUGCCUGCUAGAGAAGGAAGCGAGGAGGAAAUCCUCUUAGUUCACAGUUCACAACACUUGGAGGCUGCAAAAAGCACACAGACAAUGAAUGAAGAGGAACUGAAAAGAAUCUCUGGAAAUUAUGAUUCUUUUUUCUUUCAUCCGAGCACUUACCACUGUGCCAGACUAGCUGUAGGAGCAGCUUUGCAGCUAGUGGACUCUGUGAUGUCAGGAAAAGCGUGCAAUGGAAUGGCAUUAGUAAGACCUCCAGGUCACCACAGUCAGAGAAAUGCAGCUAAUGGGUUCUGUUUGUUCAACAACGUUGCUAUUGCAGCAGAAUAUGCAAAACUGAAAUAUCGCCUACAGAGAAUCCUAAUUGUUGACUGGGAUGUGCACCAUGGGCAAGGAACUCAGUAUAUAUUUGAAGAAGAUCCAAGUGUUUUGUAUUUCUCCUGGCAUCGCUACGAACAUCAGGAAUUCUGGCCAUCGCUCAAAGAAUCUGAUUAUGAUGCUGUGGGUUUGGGAAAAGGAAAAGGUUUUAAUAUAAAUUUACCUUGGAAUAAGGUUGGGAUGGGAAAUUCAGAUUAUCUUGCUGCAUUUUUUCAUGUGUUACUUCCAACGGCUUUUGAGUUUGAUCCUGAACUGGUUCUCGUCUCCUCUGGAUAUGAUUCAGGAAUUGGAGACCCUGAGGGGCAGAUGAAUGCCACUCCUGAAGUCUUUGCCCACCUUACCCAUUUCCUGAUGCAGUUGGCCCAUGGGAAGCUGUGUGUCAUCCUGGAGGGUGGGUACCACCUGAGGUCCUUGUCUGAAUCCGUCUGCAUGACUGUAAGAACUUUGCUAAGAGAUCCUCUGCCUCAGGUAACUGGAGAAAUGGCACCUUGCCUAAGUGCUAUUGAAUCUAUUCAAAAUGUGAGAGCAGCACAUAAACCCUACUGGAAAUGGUUGACGUAUGAAGACACAUCGUUUUUGCACAAUUUGAGCACCAAAUCAGACUUACUAAAGACUGCUGAUACAAAUCCCUGUUCAGAUGAUGAAGCUAUGAUAGCUGACAGCAAUGGAACUGACAGAAUAGAAAGAUUUUUGGAGUUGCACAUGAAAAAUAUUGUAUUUCCAAUUCCUCCCAUCAAAACAGCAACAACAGCUGAGUUGAAAGCUUCAGCAGACCCAAACACCUUCCCAGUACACCUUCAUGUUGUGAAGGAAAUGGACAAAAAUGAACUAGAAGCUCUUGUCAGUGAUUUUUAUGCGGACCUUGUGGAAGCAAACAAAACUUUGCUCUCUCUUGGCAGUGCUUUGACCAUCCUAGAUAAAAUACUUAAGAAAGAGGUAUGCAAUGGAAUUGCAGAAUCACCUGCAGCUUCUGCUUCUGUUGCUGUUGCACUGAGACAUUCUCUUCGUUUUGGGUUUCAAAGAGUGCUUUGCAUCUUUGUUGGAGAUAUGGAUAUCAUACCGAGCACAGAAGAUGGAAAAAUACUCGUCAUACAUGUUUGCAAGAAAGAACAGACUGGAAAGAGCAGCUCUAAACACUACAUUGUGCUAAACUGGAAAGAGGAUGCUGACACGAAUGACUUCUUUUCUGCUGUGCUUGGAUUCAUUCUCCCUGUAGCAUAUAGUUACCAACCCAACUUGAUAAUAAUAGCUGUUGGACCAAACAGGAGCCUUGGAAUAAGUGGGAUUUCUCUUAUUAUUGGUUUGCUACAAGGACUAGCAGAGUCUCGAAUUCUUGCAGUGAUUGAGGACACAGACAUAAAUCUAAUGCAAAGUAUAGCCAAAGCACUUGCAGGUGCUUCUAUGCCAAAUUUUGGAGCUCAUGUGCCUCCUACCCAAGAAAAAGUAAAUCAAAUAAAAAAACUAAGAAACCAGCUUCAGCAGGACUGGAAAAUGCUUCAAUGCUCAGUGAACGAUGGAAUUUAAAGCACUUUAAAACCAUUUUAUGCAGCAGAAGAAAACGUGACACUUCGUUUUGCCUUUCAAGUCACUGGGGAAAAAAAGGUGGUUGAUGUCUAAGCAGAAUAAGAGCCAUUUACAGUUUCCUCUUUUUUUU